AUGGGAUCAACCGAUUACAAGUUCGAGGGCUGGAUGGGCCUUAGCCCCGAGGCUGCCCAGGGCAAAAUGGUCUGGCAGGAGUUUGAGCCCAAGCCGUGGGAGGAGACCGAUGUCGAUAUCAAGGUCACCCACUGUGGUGUAUGCGGAUCUGACCUUCAUACUAUGAGGGCUGGCUGGCGAGUUGACGAAAUAGCUCUGGGCCCUACCGAUUACCCCUGUUGUGUCGGGCACGAAAUCGUCGGUACCGCCGUCCGCGUUGGCUCCCAAGCUGUGGGCGACAUCAAGGUCGGUGAUCGCGUCGGCGUUGGUGCACAGGGUGGUGCCUGCCUGAACAAAGAUGGCGACUGCGAUGCCUGUGCUCGUAACCUCCCACAGCACUGCAACCGCAUGGUCGGCACAUAUAGCGGGACCUUUCCCAACGGCGGCAAGUCGUAUGGUGGAUACUCGCUGUACAACCGUUCGCCGUCUUCCUUCGUCAUCAAGAUCCCCGACGCGAUUCCCUCCGCCGAGGCUGCUCCCAUGCUCUGCGGUGGUAUCACCACCUACUCGCCCCUGAGACAGCACGGCUGUGGGCCCGGCAAGUCUGUCGGUAUCAUCGGUGUCGGUGGUCUGGGCCACUUCGGUAUUCUCUUCGCCAAGGCCCUAGGUGCGGACCGCGUGGUGGCUAUCUCCCGUAAGAGCGACAAGAAGGAGGAUGCGCUGAAGCUUGGUGCGGAUCAAUAUAUUGCGACUGGCGAGGAGGAGGACUGGGCUGCCAAGUACGCCCAGUCGCUGGAUCUGAUCAUCUCAACCGUGUCUUCCUCCAAGAUGCCCAUUGUUCAGUACAGUCAGCUGCUAAAGUUCCGCGGAACCCUGGUCCAGCUGGGUGCUCCCGAGGACGGCGCCUUGCAAAUACCCGCGUUCGCUUUGAUCAUCAAAGGCAUCAAGCUGGGUGGUUCCCUGAUCGGUAGCCCCGAUGAGAUCCGCGAGAUGCUGCAGCUCGCUGUCGAUAAAAAGAUUCACCCGUGGAUCCAAGAGCGUCCCAUGAAGGAGGCAAACCAGGUCGUUCGGGACAUGAACGACGGCAGUGCCCGGUACCGCUACGUUCUGGUGAACGAGUGGUGA